GGCUUUCUGCGCCCGCCUCCCCCUCCGUCCCCGGGGCUGCAGGAAGAUGGCGAAGACCUACGACUACCUCUUCAAACUGCUCCUGAUCGGGGACUCCGGGGUGGGCAAGACAUGCGCGCUCUUUCGCUUCAGCGAGGACGCCUUCAACGCCACCUUCAUCUCCACCAUCGGCAUCGAUUUUAAGAUCAGGACCAUCGAGCUGGACGGCAAGAAGAUCAAACUGCAGAUAUGGGAUACAGCAGGGCAGGAGCGCUUUCGGACCAUCACGACCGCUUACUACCGAGGAGCGAUGGGCAUCAUGCUGGUCUACGACAUUACCAAUGAGAAAUCGUUUGAAAACAUUCGGAACUGGGUCAGAAAUAUUGAAGAACACGCAUCACCAGACGUAGAAAAAAUGAUCCUCGGAAACAAGUGUGACAUGAACCACAAGCGUCAGGUUUCCCUGGAGCAAGGGGAGAAGCUGGCUAUGAGCUUUGGGGUUAAGUUCAUGGAGACGAGCGCGAAGGCCAACAUCAAUAUAGAAAAUGCAUUUUUUACUCUUGCUAGAGACAUCAAAGCAAAAAUGGACAAGAAAUUGGAACUGAAUAGUCCUCAAGGCAUCAGCCAGGGAGUCAAGAUCAGCCCGGUCCCGGAGAAGAAAACCAGUUUUUUCCGAUGUGACCUCCUCUGAGGAUGUCGCCUUACUGGGAGCUUCUUCUCAGCCUUUCCGGGUUGCACCUGCUUGCAGACGGGUUCUGGAUCUGACCCCCACACACACAACACACGACCUGUGGUCGGCACCAGGCCCGCAGCUACGACAGAAUGAAGAAAAGCAGCUUCCGCUCCCCCCCAAGUGAUUGACUCACCUGCCUCGGGAUCCCUUCCACCCGCCUGAAAACAUGGGUGGCUCAAGGAUGUGGGGGUCACGGAAUGGGGAACUUUCGGAUCAAAUUUCUCUCUCGCUCCGGGAGGCCUUUGAUUUGGCGGAAUAACUGUAAAUCUGUGAUUGAAAGAGAUAACAGGAUGUAAAAACGGGUACAGCGUCGAAUUUUGUAACGGAUCAGCACCUGUCUUCUUUCCAAAGCCAGAAAUCUCACUUAUCUUUGUGUGGAGGAAGGCUGUCCUCUUCGCCAGCUUGGGGUACUUCUAGGCACUCCCAUUUCGGAAGUGCCGUCUGGAAAUAAAAUUUAUUUUUGUAGAGAAACCAAA